CACCGACUUUCUUUCCCCUUGAAAAACCCGGUGAGAUCUUGAUGAAUUUCUCUUCCUUUCUUGUUAAAUCACAAGAUUUAGGGCUUAGAAUCUUCCCUCUCAACCCAGAAAAUCCCGGUUCUGCUCUGCUCUUCUUCCUUGUCCGCCGGCUGCUGUGGGUUUGAAUUUCUGGGCAUUUUCGGUCCGUGAGUUCCCUGCAGCUUGCCGCCGGCUUCUUCUUCUCCCUGCCAAGUCCGGUUCUUGCUGGAAAAUUCUGGUUCUGGAUCGUUCUGUCAGUUUAGUACGUGAAUUGAGUGCUCGGUUUUGCGGAGUGAGGUAAGUAAAUUUAUGGUAAUGCCCACACUGUUUUUAAAAGAUGUUUUGACUUGUUUUUGAAGUAGUGGCGGGACAAAACCGUUUUAUGCAAAAGUAAGUAUGACUUAUUUGAACUGAAAAUUUUUAUGAUUUUAUGGAUAUGAGCAUGCCUACUUGAAGUUCAUGUGAUUGUCCUGAUGAUUUGAAAGUGAAUUGUAAAGAUUGAUCUUCUGUUAAAUUCAGCCUGUUUUGUCUCCGAUACGGUCAUGUUAUCUUGUUGCCCGCUAGUGGGAGGUCAAACGCUAGCACAUGUCGACAUGUUCCUGAUAGAACCGGUUCAUUCCUGUAAUCCUACUAGUGGGAGUUAAACACUAGUAAUUCUUGUUGCAUGCCAGUGGGAGGUUUAAACACUGGCCAUGACCUAUAGAGGAGACGUCUAUUUCGUGCCCGUACUGUAUCUGUUUUCGUGAUUACACUUGUUGGCAUGCUAUGAGUUUAAUUAACGGUUUGACAUGAGACGUUUUGUUAUUGAAUUGAAUCUGAUUUUACAUUGACGGUUUGUCAUUGAAUGCUUUGCAAGUGAACUGAAUCUGAUUUUUGUCAUUGAGUGAUUUGUUAUGUUAAACUGAUUUAUCUAGCAUGCUUAAAAGUUUUACCCAAGGGUUAUCCAUAUUUACUUACUGAGUUUAUCUCAUAGUUUUUCCUUGUCCACCAUUUCAAGAAGCGAAACUGAGGACGGGGAAACCGAGAGGAGUGACGAGUUAGAAGGCUAGUCAUUUUGUAAAGUGAAUAUAGAUUCGAGAUGUAGAUCAUGAUCUUGUAAAUUAAAGUUUAAUCGGAGAUUUUAUAAAUUCAUUUAGUGGAU